UUCUUUGCUUCUUUUAAAGAAUUUUUAAAACAAAAUCCCAUCUCCAAUUCCUUUUCUUUUUUUUCUAUCAUUUUUCCCUUUCUCCUCUCUUUUUAAAAUCACUUGGGAAAAUAUAUAUAUUUUUUACUUUUGGUACAAGUUACUUUUUUAUUUCUCUUUUUGGAUUGAAUCGUGUGUCUUACUGCUUACUGACUUUGAAUCAGGAGCACCUCAUAUUUCCCUAUUUCUAACUUUUUUUUUUCUUUUUUCUUUCUUUCUUUUGCCCCUUUUUCUUUAUCCCUUUUGUCAUUUAGCAUAUAGUUCUUUUUUUUUUUAUCCUUUUUGAUUCUUCUUCUCCUUCUCUUCUUUCUUUGUUCUUAGACCUACUUUGGUCAUGACUUUUUCGAUAGCAGUGAUUGAAACCACAGCAGUAGUGGCCGAUGGCGCUUCUUCUAUGCGAACUUUACAACUACUCAAUGUUAUUGUUCAAACAGACUCAUAUGCGCUCUCCUUGGUUCGAUAUAUUCCUGACUUGAUAGAAUUCGAUCAAUUGAUAAAAUGUCAUUAUCACAAGGUGAAAAUCCCGUUCCCAGUCCUAUCACAAGAGCAACAGAUUCGAUCUAUCAAGGCCAAACGACGUACUAGUCUUCGACAAUUAUUUACCUCUUUACAUCAUCAUCAUCAUCAUCGUUCAAAGACAAACGCUGAAAAGGUUGAAUUAUAUUUACAACAAUGUUUAUUGGAUCCUGUGGUUAGUCAAUCAAGUAUUGUACGCGACUUUUUCUCUAUUCAACGUGAUGAAGAUCAAAAAUUACCAAUACAUCCCUUGGGUAUACCACCAACGCCACCUAUUGUUAAUGUCACGAUAGACAAGGAUAACAAUAAAAUUGAUCAACAAGACCAAGAUGAACCUACCAAGGAUGAUAAGGAUGAUGAUAUUAAAACCGAUGAUCUUGUCUCUUUACGUGAUAUCCUUCGUGACUCUAUCUCUCCUCCUCCUAUACCUACCGAUUUGGCACAAAAUGAAUCAGUUCCAAUACCAGAAGAAGAAGAAGAAGAAGAAGUAGAAGAAAUACAACCUUUUCCUCUUGAUUACUUUGAUAAGAUGACUGUACUUGGCAAAGGUUGUAUGGGAAAGGUAUUCUUGGUUAGAUCCAAUAUCAAUCAUCAACUCUAUGCAUUGAAAAGUAUUGUCAAGGAAUUAGUGAUCGAACAACGAGAAAUUACCCAUACAUUGACAGAACGUGAAAUCUUGGCAACAUUGGCUGAUAUACAACAUCCCAACUUGGCGAAAAUCUAUCUUGCUUUUCAAGAUACACAUCGACUUUAUUUAGUGACAGAUUACUAUUGUGGUGGUGAUUUGGCAACUCAGAUGAGUACAUGUAUGACUUUUUCCAAACAACGAACUCUCUUCUAUGCUGCUGAAAUGAUUGAAGGUAUUGGUGAACUUCAUCGACUUGGUGUACUCUAUCGUGAUCUCAAACCUGAAAAUGUAUUAUUAACCAAGGAAGGCCAUGUGGUUUUGACGGAUUUUGGUCUAAGCAAAUGGCUAGUGGAUACUCACUAUACAGAAACCUUUUGUGGCACGGCGGAAUAUCUGGCUCCUGAAGUUCUCACUGGUGAACCUUAUUCAUUUGGUAUCGAUCAUUGGAGUUAUGGCACCAUCCUUUAUGAAAUGUUGGCUGGUAUCACUCCUUUCUGGGCAGAUAAUCAUAUGGAAAUGUAUCGACGGGUAUUAGAAGAUCCUCUUGAAUUCCCUGCUCAAGAUGAAAAUGGUUUACCAGAAAUUGAUUUUGAUACAGCCGAUUUCCUUUCUGGUCUUCUGGAUCGUGAUCCUUCCUCUCGUUUAGGUGCUCAAGGUGUAGAUGAAAUCAAAUCACAUCCUUACUUUGCAGAUAUCUCUUGGGAUGAUGUAUAUCAUCAACGACUUCAACCUCCUUAUGUUCCUCUUUUGACCUCUCAUUUGGAUUUCUCUAAUUUUGAUCCCACUUUUUUGGAAAUGUCACCAACCCUCACCCCCAUUGGCUCACAAGUGGAUUUGACUCAAGACAUGCAGGACGUGUUUGAAGGUUAUUCUUUUACUAAUCAAGAUUUGGCACCAAAGGCAACAAAAACAAAAACAUCACCAUCAUCAUCAUCAUCAUCAUCAACGGACAUGUUGCUGCAGGACAGUAACAAAACAGAUCAUCCUACAACUGAUGAUAAUCAUUCAGAUAAUGCACUCGUUCCCACCAAUAUGGACGAUGAUGAACAACAUGACUCUGUUUUUCAGCCAGCUCGCAAACGUGGCAGUGUUAGUAUGCUCUCGGAUAUUGAUAGUUUCCAUUUGGAUUCUCCCCUACCAAUUCAUCAUGAUCAACGAACCACAAAACGACGAAAUACACAUGAUGAAGUUAUGGGUGGUGAAAGCAACCAUAGAAAUGAACAACGACAACCAACUGUGGAUUCUUAUUCUACCAACAUUGCAGAUGGUGAUAAUAUACGUUCUUCAUCUUUGGUACCAGAUAUUUUCUUUUUGGAUAAAACAAAUCAACAAUCAUUGGAUCAAUUUGAUUUUGGAAAGGAUGAUUUGGACCUUCGAUUCUCUGUACAAGUCAAUGAAAAACAAGCUGGUUUUGCUGCCAAUCAAACAAUGCCUACUUGCAAACCCAAGAAACAAAAGUAUUCAACUCGCCGGUUUUUGUCCCCUUUUAUUCGAUUUUAGACUUCUCUAUUACUUAUUAUUUAUUAUUCUUAUUACUUAGUUUACUAUUAUGAACCCUUCCCAUUCCCUUCCCUUUAUAUAUAUAUAUCUAUAUUAUGCUUUUAUUGAUUCCUUUUAUUUUAAUAUUAUUGUCUAUGAUAGACCUUUUUUUUUUCU